UUGGAAUGGAGAUGGAAGGGAAGAGCCGGUUGCCGGAGAUUACCAUUGCCCCAACGCCUAGGCCGGCGGCGGGCGGUGGCGCCGUCUACGUGGCAAAGGUGGCGAGCAGGGAGCCCAUCAGCCCGGGCUCGCCGUGCCCGGUGGCCGCCGGCCACAACAAAGAGAGCCGCGCCACUGCCGCCGGCGCCGUCGCCGUCGCCCUGCCCGGGUGGAAGCUCGAUGCCCUAUGCCAGGACUCUAGCUCGUCGCCGGCCAUGAGGGUGCGCUUCCCCUACUUCUGAUUUCUGAAGCCGCCGCCGUGCCUCUCUGAGAACGUCAGUCAGAUAUCUUUGAUGCUCCCAAACGUCUUGUACAUGUACAUGCCCAUGGAUCAAGGAGCUUUUGUAUGUGAUCGUGUUGUAAAAAUGAAGAACAUACCAGUCGUAGUUUAUUUGUUUGCAUACACG